GAGUAUACUCCGAUUACAUCUCUUGAACAGCUGAAGUCGAUGCUGGAGUACACUCUCAACCACACACCCGCGUCGCCCCUCCGCAUUCUACCCUACGCAUCCCUCCUGCAGAGUGGUCUCACCCAAACCCUGUCCGUGUCAGAGGUCACAGGGGCCUUCAUGAGUCACAUAUGGAGGAGCGCCGCCUCCUGCCAGGUGCCGCUCUGGUUGUCGUGGCGACAGUAUCUAGCGGAGGAGGAUGCUGGGAAUUCUGAAGAAACGGCCGUUUCAGAGAGUCUUCCAUAUGGGCCAGCCAUCCUGCACACCCCCCUCCAAACUCACUGCGUCACCCGCCUGCUGUAUACACCCUCACACCAGCCCCGCACCUCCAAGGGAGACCGAGAGGUCAAGAAGGUCGCGGGGUCAAAGGUCACCACCGACGUGCCGCUGGGUCAAUACCUGGAGAAGGUGGAACAACUGAGGGCGAUGUCUGAGCUGCUGUGGUCGAACGCGACGAGCAUGUCCUCAAGCAGACUGUCUUUCAGGUCAACUAGUGUCAGUUACCUGUUGCUAUCGCUGAGCCAACUGUUGCGGACUCUUGAACCUCUUCUCCCGACCUCUGACCUCCAGUCAUGGCAGGUUGCCUUAGACGAGGUCGUAUCCAUGGCAACCUCCGUAGCAACCGACAAAUCAUCCCUGGCAUCUGCGGUGUCUGUUCUUGAAGAGAUUAUUGCGAGGAACACGUCCGAGUCUUCGAUUGGGAGGAGUGAUGUGGAUGAUAGGGGUCGGAGGGCGAGGGUCGUAAUGACCGAGGUCGGAGCAGAUGUGAAGUCUUGUUUGGCGUGUGCGUUGGAGUUGUUACGUGCUACGGAAGGCGUGUCGACGGAAGAGACCGCUGAAACGGAGACUAUGGAUUGGGACCGCGCGGAGGGGGUUGUCGGAGGGGGUGUAGGAGGGGGUGUAGGGGGCCAUCUGGUUCAGCUGAUGGCAUUAGGGAGGGGAUGGGUCCGCUUGGGGUUGUUGGAGGUACAUCUUCUCGCUCCCCGAGGACCAGUGGAUCCUGCUGAGAAGAAGGCGCUGAAACUGCAGUAUGUCAAGGAUGAGAUCACUGAUAUCACAAAUGAGCUCCAAGUCCGCAGUCUGUCUUCCCAACUCCUAACCGGACGGAAAUUGGAGGAAGUACCUCCGAGCCUGCUACCGGAGAGGGUCCGACUCGCACAGGGAAGGCUGGCAUUACUGGAGGAGAGAGCCCCGGAGCUUGCCAAACAAACGGCCUUCAGGCCCGAACCCCCUAAGUUUGAUGCCAUGCUGCAAGACGUGACUCACUACCUGGCCAGCAUUGGCUCCAGGUCAACCAUAGAGGGCCUCCUUCGUAAGCUGACAUCCGCUUUCGACUCCCUGAGCCCAGGCGAGGCUGAGGGAACACAGACCCGUUCGGUCCAAAAGAUCCUGAGCGAAGAAAAAGCGUGGCAGAAAUCGCAGUCGCAGUUCCUGCGCCGGAUACAGGAGGGUUACCCGUUGUACCGCGACCAGUGGGCGGGGCUUGUCGCCACGGCGAUGCAGAUGCAGUAUGGGAUGCGGCUGGCGGCGCACGCCUUGCUCAGCCAGUCAGAGAGGAGGACGUUCUCGGAGGGGCGGGGCUCUGUGGAGGAUUUGCUGUGCAGCGUUGCGGAGUUCCCAGUUUCGUCGAGCUCGGAAGAUCAGUUAGCGUCAAGAAGCAUGCUUCAACUGGUCAAGAGUUUGUCCACAUACUCAGCAGUUGACCCUGAACAAUCACAAAACAGAUGUAACAAAACCAAAAUGAGCCUUCUUCAGCUGUCGCUGUUCCGUGCUCGCACCCAGGCUCUCCUAGCCGGCUGUUUGGGCCCCGACUCCCUCCAAGCCAUCCUCACCGUCCUAGACUCCAUCACAGUCUCCUGGAGACAGGCAGAGGAUGCGGCCAGACGCAGGCAGGAGGAGCAAGCCUCGCUAUACAAGUACAAGGCCAAGACGCACGGCGAUGGACUUACGGAUGAGGAGAGGGACGAACGAGAGUUCCGACAGAGCUUCCCGUCCUUUGAGAAGGAUUUUGCUGACAUAACAGCCGAGCCGUCCCUGGAAAGCAAGCCAGACUCAGAUGAACCUGAGUCCCACGACGAGAGCGACAGCGCCGCGCCGCCGAUCAGCGACAAACAAAUGCGGCAGGUCUGCGCCGUCCACCGGGAGCUCUUCACCAAACUGGUCAGGGCCGGUUGGAUCCGGUUCAAACAGGAAAGUCGUGGUGUGGGAGACGCGUUAUACGGCCAAGCCCUGAAAGAUGGGUAUGCCACGAUGGUGCAACUUGGCAGUAGGGUACUGCCGUUCUUGGACCCGUCUGUGGACAACAGACUUCUCGGAGCCCAUCUGCUGAUGAUCCGAAACCUCCACAGCGCCCUCGCUCAGGCCGAGCAGGCCAGUGUUGAAGAGCGCCCUCAACCCUACGACAUCUACCACGAUGGAAAUAUAAAGGAGGCCGUGCAGUGCCGACCCUUACUGGAAAGAUUCUCCUCGCGGAUAUUAGAGUUGCUGGAACAGUGGCCAGAGCACCCUACGUUGAAGCAGCUGAUGUUACUGAUUGAGCGCAUCUUGGAGUUUCCCAUCACAAGUCCCCUCAUGAAGUUUGUCACCGGACUGGAAUUACUUCUAGAAAAAGCACAGGAAUGGGAAAGUAAUGCAAGCCGUGCGGUGUCAGUGCGGGAACAUUUGGAGCACAUCACAGACUUGGUCAUACAGUGGCGGAAACUUGAACUGAGGUGUUGGUCAGCGUGUUUAGACACCGUGGCCUAUCGUCAAGAGCAGAGUACCAACAAGUGGUGGUUCCACAUCUACCAGCUCCUCCAGUCACAACUCGGUGCCGACGUCACCACGGCAACAGAUGACCAAGAUGGCCGCUGGGAUGAGAAGGAAGAUGCGCAGACAGGAUGUGAAGGGAAUGAUUGGAAGGAGCAGACCGAGUCAGUGGUGUCGGCCCUUGAGCAGUUCUUGGAGGGUUCCUCCCUCGGAGAGUUCGCUGCGAGAUUGCAGAUGCUGCUGUCCUUCCACUGUCAAGUCGCGAUGCAGCCAAGCAGUCCAAAACAGAUUGAGUUGGUGAGUAUCCUGUGGAACCUCUAUUGUUACUACAAGCAGUUCUUGGGAGCUGUAGUGGCCGAAAUCAAACGUCGAAGGACUCCAAUUGAAAAGGAACUCAAGGGUUUUGUCAAGAUUGCCCGCUGGAACGACGUCAGUUUCUGGGCCGUUAAACUAGCCGUCGAGAAAUCCCACAAGACACUACACAAGUUCAGCAAGAAAUUUGAGACCGAACUGAAGGAGCCAGCACGAUGCGCCUUCACAGACACCAAAGUGGCAGAGAAGGAAGAGGUCUCAGUGGAAGACAGUGCAGGUACCACACCAAGCAGCUUUGAAGAUUUCCUCACACCAGAUGAAUACAAGAGCUACUUAGAGAUCAUCCCACCUCCUGCAACCGUUUUGAGGAGUGAUAAAUCCUUACAUGCGAGGCUACCCAUUCUCCUACCUCGCAUGACUAAAGUCUGCCGAUCUAUCUUCAAGAAAUGCCCCUACCCUGCGCUUACAGUCGCAGUGGAUGAAUUCACAGGAGAAAUUGUGUCAGGCGUCAAAGAGCUGCAAGGUUUGGAUGUCACAAAGGAUGCUGAUAAGGAGAAACAGAAGUCUGAAGUGCGUCGCAUCCAGCAACGGAAGAGAAAAGCUCUCGCAGACCUGUUCAGAUACCUCACCACCAUUGGUUUGUCAUACAAGAAGGGUUUAACGCUGGCAAGAACGACCAAUCAGAACAGAGCGAUGCUGCUGCCACCAGUGGAUCUUGCUGUCGCCUUGGAAACAGAGGACAAAACCUUGAGCUUCGGCAAGACAGACACUGUUUCACUGUGGCAGGGAUGUCAGCAUCACUUCGUCAAGAAUAUCGCAAGAAGAGCAGCAAUGCAGAUGGCCCUGGCAGUACCAUCUAAGGAGUUGGGCAUCGGCAAUAUCGAGCGUUGCAAGGGAUUCGCCGAGCACCUGUCUCUAUUGGCAACCACUCAGAGGCAAGACAUCAUCAGCAUCACUGAGGGUCUGGUACAGACGAGAAACCUUUUGAGCCAGUUGCAGAAGCUUCAAGCCACAACCGGUCGCCAUGGUGAUGACCCCGCGUUGCCCCAUCAGCAGAGCACGGCAUCCUGGGUAAUGACCUCCAAGGACCUCCUUGACCUGACACGGGAGACAGCACACCAGUAUCUCACGCUGUUGGACUGCUGCCCGGAGAAGGUCCAAGGAGGACCGGCACCGUCUCCGUUGCCAACGGAAUGCCUGGCUGCCAUGGAUACCGUCAGGAAGGGUGAUGCAUUGUGGGUACAAACCCGGGAGAAACUGCAAGAAUGCCAAAGUAUUCUAGAGGCUGCAAACCAGACUGUUGAGCCCAGGGCAAGUCAGUUGGUACAGCAUCAAGAAUUUCAUCUGUUAUUUUGGAACGACUUGGAACUCUUAGACGACGCUUUUGAGAAACUGGAGACAGUCGCGGACACCUUCGCCGACCUGGAGCAACUUUUCACCCUCCCCCAGGGUGGGGAGAUCUCCUGCCUGGCAGCCACCCUGACCAGGACGAGAGAGAGGCUGUUCGAGACGGCGCUGCGGUACGGUCGCUGGAAGCGACGGGUGGUGUGCGGCCGAGAGGAAAGUGGGGAAGACUUAGACGAGGAGGAAAAAAUGGAGACGGGCUUGGAGGAGGGUUCGUCUGAUCAUCUGUCAGACUUUGCCGACAGGACGGAGUCAGUUCUCGCCAGCGUUCUCUUGGCCGUGCAGAGCAUAGUCAAAUCACGCAGCCCGGCUAAAACAGAGAGCCAGCCAAUGCUGGAUGAAAACCUGUCUGUCGAGAGAGACACUCCUGAAGAAGAGGAGCAGGAGUUUGACCUCCAGGAUGGCCACCUUGUCAAGCAUCUCAGCACGGCCUUAGGUCAAGAUGCCGUGACCCUUGACUUGGUUCGAGUGUCAAAGGUCAUGGGGUCGUUGCUAGGUGACAUCAGUGAGAUGAGGGACGAGUGCCACUCAACAAGGGAAACUAAGGAAUUCAAUACCUGCGUAGCGCUUGUUCUAAGAUUGGUACCUGUACUUCAUCAGUAUUUGGGCCUUGUAGCCUUCACGCUGAACCAGACUGUUGCGUGUCACAGGACAACGUGCAAACUGCUGUCCAUACUUCUUGGGAUAUUUACAGAGCUCGCUUCAAAGGGAUUCUGUCUACCUGCUGAGUAUUCUGACGAGCUUGGCGGAGAGGGGGCAACGGAGUUCAAGGAUAUUGAAGGAGGAGGCAUCGGUGAAGGGGAAGGAAUGAAGGAUGUCAGCGACCAGAUCGAAGAUGAAGAACAGGUUCAAGACACCAAGAAACCGGGCGAGAAGCAAGAAGAGGAAGACUUCUCCAACCAGCCUGACAUCAAGGACGAAGAGCAAGGCAUUGAGAUGUCGGACGACUUCCAAGGAAAAAUGCACGAUGCUGACCCUCAAGAUGGCGAAAACUCGGAUGAAGACGAUAACGACGAACACGAGAUGGACAAGCAGAUGGGUGAGGUGGACCAGCCGGGGGCCGACAUGCUGGAUGAGAGGAUGUGGGGGGAUCAGGAGGACGAAGAAGAAGAAGAAGGGAAGGAGGGGGAGAAGAAGAAGGAGGAGUUUGGUGAAGGAAAGGGGGAGGAGAAACAGACAGACUUGGUGGCCAAGGAGGAUAAUAAAGGAGCUGCAGAUGACAAAGGAGACGAUGAGAAACAAAGAAAGGACGAUGAAGAUGAAACGGGAGAGAACAACGAGAAUCAGAAUCCUAACAACCUGGAACCUCAAGAUGAGGGUGAAUUUAACGAUGAUGAGGUUGACCCACGGAAGGCCAAUGAGCCACCAGAGGCUCCCGUCCCCGAUGAUCUAGACAUUCCGGACGAUCUCAAUCUGGACGGCGGGAAAAUGGACGAGGAAAAUGAAGAAGGGGCCGCAGACAACCAAGAUGAGAGCAACCCAUUUGACAUUGAAACAAAACUCCCGGAUGAAAAGGAUCCCGGUACCGACCCGGAUACCACAGACGACAAGGAGGAUACCGGGGAGGAAGGGAACCAGGAGGAAGGGGACCAGCCAAAUGAACCCAGGAUGGAGGAAGGCAAGGAGGGGGCGGAGUCGGAGAGCGGAGGGGAGGAGGAGGAGGAAGGAAGGAACGAUCUUGAUGAUAAAGAUGGGAAUGAGGUUGAUGAAGAGGAUGGAGAUCAGAAGGGAGGAGUAGGGGUGGAGCCUCAGGAGGAUAACGAAGAACCGAUACCGGAAGACUCCAGUGCGGACUACCAGCCAGACCAGGCACACCACCCACAGGCCAUGCCGGAACCGGCCGAGAACUACGGCCAAUCCAAGGAAAAGACAGAAGUGGUGCAGGAGCAAGUGGCACAGGAGGAUGCUGGGAAAUCGGAAGAGGAAAAAAACAAGGAGAAAGAAAACGUCGGGAGCGCCGAGUCCUCCCUCCAGGAGGGCCACGAGGGCGCUGUUCCCUCCAAGACCCUCCCGCGCCAGAACCGGUCCGAGCAGCGGCAGAACUACAAGCGUCAGCCGGGCCAAUCAGACGCAGACCGCAGCCUGGGCUCGGCAGAGGAGAGGGUGCACAAACGGCUGAGAACCAUGGACGCACCAGACGAGAGCUCAGAAAAGGCUGAUGAAGAGAACCAAAACGAUGAGUCAAAUGAGAAAGACGAAACCUCGGAUCUGUACGAGCACAUCAAAGAUGCCUUUUCCCGCUACGACACUCAAGUCAUGGACGCUGCAUCAGAGGAUCAACUGAUGCAGGAACAGGCCACGCCCAACCAGGAGGAGGAAGAUGCGGCUGCUAUGGAAACGGACGAGGAGGUUGCGCCACUGGAUGAUCAGAAAGAAGAGAACGACGAUCCUGAAAGAAUCGACAAGCUACCAGGAACCAAAAUAAAAGCAGGAGAGCGGCGGAUUGUUGAGAAUGAGACCGACGAGCCGAACCCAGAUGUGACAGAGGGAGAGGCAACAGAAGAUGGCACAGCCACCAGAGUCAAAGGUACAAUGGACACUAGUGAAAUUCAGUCCUCCAGCAUCCACACGACCCUUGACCUGCUAUCCCACGAUGCAAUGCCACAGCAGGUCAUGACGAUGGACGAGCUGGAAGCGCUGCGGCAGGAGAUGGAGCAGCAACUGAGCAUGCUCAGUCACAAGCAGGGCACAGCUGACGAAGAGAAGGAAGCGCAGGAGACGUGGCAUCGCUACGAGUCCUUGACCUCAGGCCUGGCUCGUGACCUCUGCGAGCAAUUGAGACUGGUGCUGGAGCCAACCCGGGCUUCCAAGCUCAGGGGUGACUUUCGCACAGGUAAGCGCAUCAACAUGCGCAAGGUGAUCCCGUACAUCGCGAGCGGGUUCCGUAAGGACAAGAUCUGGCUACGUCGUACCAAACCCAGCAAGCGACAGUACCAGAUACUCCUGGCGGUAGACGACUCGUCGAGUAUGGCUGACAAUCGGUCAAGACAGCUUGCCUUCGAGUCCUUAGCUGUCAUCAGUAAUGCAUUGACUUGGCUCGAAGCAGGAGAGUUAGCCGUGUGCAGCUUUGGUGAGUCCGUUCAACUCCUCCACCCAUUCCAUGAGCAGUUCACCGACCAGUCCGGAGCCAAGAUCCUGCGGCAGUUCACGUUCUCCCAGCACAAGACUAAGAUUGCGCAGCUGUUGAACUACGCCACAGCGAGCAUGCUGUCCGCCCGCUCCCGUCUACAGUCAAGCACUGCUCACAUGGAGACGUCGCAGCUCCUUCUAGUCGUCUCGGAUGGACGGGGAUUGUUUCUCGAAGGCAUGGAGGCGGUGAAACAAGCCGUGCGACGGGCCAGGGAUGCUAACGUCUUUCUGGUGUUUGUGGCACUCGACAAUCCGGAAAAUAAGGAUUCUAUUUUGGACAUCAAGGUGCCCAUCUUCAGCGGGGCCGGCCAGAUGCCCGAGAUCAGCACUUACAUGGAGCACUUCCCAUUCCCAUUCUACAUCAUCUUGAAAGACAUCAACUCCAUGCCGGAGAUCCUGAGUGACGCUCUGAGACAGUGGUUUGAGCUGGUCACAGCCGGGGACAUCCAGUAGUCAUCAGGGGCAAUAUACAAGUAUACCACAGUUUGAGAUCCAGUUGUGGGGGAAAUAUUAAACAAAUACACCAUAGUGUGAGAUCCAAUAGUCGGGGGCAAUAUACAAAUAUACCACAGUUUGUGAUCCAAUAGUGAUGCCUAUCAUAGUAUGAGAUCCAAAAGAGGGGGCAAUAUAAAUAUAUCACAGUCUGAGAUCCAAUAGUGGGGGCAAUAUUAAACAAAUAUACCAUAUGUGAGAUCCAAUAGUUGGGGGCAAUAUACAAAUAUACCACAGUUUGUGAUCCAAUAGUAGUGCCUAUCAUAGUAUGAGAUCCAAAAGGUGGGGCAAUAUACAAAUAUAUCUCACAGUUUGGGAUCCAAUAGUUAUUAAUGCAUGUUGUGAGUUUAUCGUAGUAUUUCAUGUCUCCCUCAUUCAAGAAUCUUUCCAUUUUUUAUUCAGUUUCAUUGUUUGGUUUAUUUUUCAGUGAUUGUAAAGGCUGCAACUUCAAGAUCAUCUUCUGGUGAAAAGAGUGUUAGUUUGUCCAGGUACGAAAUCCUUGAAGGAAUUUUGCAGAAUAAUUUAUCAAAUGUUAUACAUAUUCAUAUUUUUUAUGUAUAUUAAUAAUGUUUAAUAAAUUCAUGAGGUUCGGAUAUGUUG